AUGGAAAAUUUUCCCUGCAGUUUCCUUACAGUAAGAAUCAUCCGCAUGAGAAAUCUCCGCAAAGCUGAUGGUGUAAGCCAGUCUGACUGCUAUGUGGUGCUCUGGCUCCCAACUGCCACAUGCGAAAAGAUGCGGACCAAAACUGUCAAUAAUUGCAAGAACCCUGUUUGGAAUGAAACCUUUUACUAUAGGAUUCAGACACAAGUUAAGAAUAUGUUAGAGCUGUCUGUCUAUGACGAAGAUGCCAUCACUCCGGAUGACCUCCUUUUCACUAUACGCUUUGACAUAUCUCGGCUUCCGGUUGGAGAAAGAGUUCUCAUGCAUUUUAAAUGUGAUCCAAAGGCACAAGAAGAGCUGGAAGUUGAAUUUAUAGUGGAACCUGCGUCAGGCCCUCCUGAAACCAUACUUACUAAUGGAGUUUUAGUGUGUCGUGAAGUUUGCACAUUGGAAGCUGAGAUAAAUCAGAGGAAGCGACAUAAGUCAAAGAAAGACCUUUCGCUUUCAGUAAAAGGAUCCUGUGAAGGCUCGUAUUGUUUUAAGCUGGGUUCUGAUGCUAUUGUGACACCUCCAUGUCCCAAAACCUUCCACUAUGUCAAGUACAAGGAGUCAACAUUGGCUGUUACACUACCAAAGAAAAAAUCACGAUGCAAUCCUGUAUGCUGCUGUCAUAAUCAAAAUACCAAUAGAACCUGCUCACGUAGCACCAAGAAAGAUGUUCCACCUGUGAUGUUGAAUUCACUGCCCAGAGGGGAGAAAGUGCCAAUAGUGAAGGAAAAAAAGUAUAAUUUGCAUGUGAAAGUGGAUGAUUGUCACUGCUCCUGCCCAGAAGAUCUAGACGUGCGCUUGGGGUAUGGUCUGUGCCCACAGGAGCAAGAGUUCCUGUGCAAACGAAAGUGUCGAGUUGCUCAUGCUCUGAAGCAGGUUCUCCAGCUAGAUUAUGACCUGCAGGAACAUGAGGUUCCAGUGGUGGCAGUUGUAACAACUGGAGGUGGGACAAGAUCAUUUACAACAACAUAUGGCUGUAUGAGCGGUCUCCAAAGAUUAAAUCUCCUGGACUGCAUAACUUACAUAUCUGGUUUGUCUGGCACUACAUGGGCCAUGUCACAAAUAUAUAGAGAUGCUUAUUGGUCACAGAAGGAUCUGAGUGAGAAAAUAAAUGAGGCAAGGAAACAAGUGACCAAAAAUAAGAUGGAGAUGCUUUCCAUAAAUCGUGUCAAAUAUUACCAACAACAGCUUAAUCAACGGAAACAAGAAGGACACAAGACAACUUUUAUAGAUCUCUGGGGACUCAUCCUAGAGUAUUUGUUAAAUGAUGGGAAAAAUAAUCACAGACUGUCAGAUGAGAGGGAAGCUUUGAUGUAUGGUCAGAACCCGUUGCCUGUCUAUCUGGCUAUCAACACCAGAGAAAAGUACAGCACUAAUGACUUCAGAGAAUGGCUAGAAUUUACUCCCUAUGAGGUGGGAUUCCUGAAAUAUGGAGCAUUUAUACAUCCAGAGAACUUUGGAAGUGAAUUCUUCAUGGGCCACCUGAUAAAGAAGCUUCCAGAAAGCCAGAUAUGCUACCUUCAUGGUAUGUGGAGCAGCAUCUUUUCUCUGAAUUUGCUGUAUAUCUGGAACAGUGUUAAUAAUUCAGAGGAAUUUUGGCACAGAUGGACACAUGACAAGUUAAUUGAUCUUGAUGAAGACCCUCAUCUACCCACAAAGCCAUAUGAAAUAAAGAGCCACAUGUUUGUCCCAGCUGGAACACUUGCCAAUAAAUUUAGAGGGCUCUUGACAGAUCGCCUUUCUGUUGCCCAGUAUCACAACUUUCUGAAGGGGCUUCAGCUGCAUGACUGUUACUUGGAGAAUGAAAACUUUCAGAGAUGGAAAGGCACUGUGUUGGAUUGUUGUCCCAACCAACUAACGGAACAUGAAGACUACUUGGGACUGAUAGAUGCUGGAUUUUUCAUCAACACAAGUUGCCCACCACUUCUGAGGAAAGAGAGGAAAGUCGAUGUCAUUCUGCAUUUCAGUUACAGUUCAGGCCCACAGGGCAUGGCUCUAGAACAAGCUAGCAACUACUACACAAACCAUGGUAUUCCAUUCCCAAAAGUUGUCCUUUUGGAAGAGGACAAGAAACAGAUGAAGGAAUGCUACUUCUUUGAUCAGUCGAGGGCCCCUGGUUGUCCAAUCCUGUUGUUCUUCCCAUUAGUGAACGAUACCUUCCGAUAUUAUAAAGCACCUGGUGUGAAACGCUGCCAUGAUGAGAUGGCUGCAGGAAAUGUCGACGUUUCUUCCUGUCGGACCCCAUAUUCCACUUUCUGCCUUACUUACAGUGAAGAGAAUUUUGACAAACUAUUGAACCUGAGUGAAUACAAUGUCUUAAAUAACCAGCACUUGAUUCUGCAAGCACUGCAUACAGCUGUGGCACGGAAAAGGCAACAGUGCUGGAAAGUUAGCACCACCUUCAGAGAGGUUCAUGCUGUUGCAGGUGUGGCUGUAGGAAAGCUGGAUGUUACUGAACUGGUCAGCUACCUUGAUCUGGCGAAAGACAACUGGCGUGAACAAGAUACACCUCUUUCCUUCUGA